UAUUGUACUGUUUAUUUGCCGCUAUAAUUCAAUAUUCGUGCCUCGUCAUCUGCGCUCGCAUAAAUUAUCGUCGGUACAGUGCGACGAAUUAGUCAUUCAUGCGAAAACGAUUUUAGAACCAGUUACGAUAGGAACAAUUUGAACUCGUGUACGCGCGCUCGGUGUUUCCUUCGUCAGGUGUGCCAAUAGUCGAACGACGUGCUUUCGUGGGGUUCAACUAAAAAAGAACAGACUUUGGUCUUGUCUAGGUUAUGGAUAACCUAUAACCGAAAAUUACCUCGUUUUCAAAUUUGGGGUAUUGUAUGCUGUGUGCAUAUACUCUCAGAGCAAAUUUAAUUUUUCAAAAGGAAAAUAACAGCUUUGGAUUUAAUAUUGUAAAGAAGAACGAGAUUCUGUCGCUUUUGAUUGCGUAACUGUGUUAACUAAAUAAGAAAUUAAAUCAAGAAACAUGUCCAUGCUCGCGGAGCGUCGAAGAAAACAGAAAUGGUCCCUUAAUCCACGGGGAAAGUGGUGGUCCGAAGACUCGAACAAAUUUGGACAGAGAAUGUUGGAGAAGAUGGGUUGGACUAAAGGAAAAGGACUAGGCAUUAACGAGCAAGGCAUUACAGAAUUUGCCAAUGCAUCAUUUAAGAAGGAUACAUCUGGUGUAGGAUUUGACAAAAGUACUGAAGCAUGGACUGAACAAAUGGAUAAAUUCAGUGAGUUUCUGCGGCAACUUAAUGAGAAUGAAGACACUGUUAAAAAUGAAGACUCUAAUUUCAGUGGACAAUCCACUCAGCUGAAGUCUAAGCAAAGCAAUACUCAUUGUAAAAAAUUUACAUGUGACAAUGACACAAAUAAAUAUAUGUCAAAAGAUUUGGCAAGUAUAGUUGACCAAAAUGAAUCGGUUGAUAAAACUCAAAUCAAGAUAGAAAAAAAUAGUAAUGAGAAAGAAGUUUCUGACUUGAGAGACGAUUGGUAUGGAGUUGUCACAAUUAAUGGUGGUAAUAUGGUUGAUUACUUUAAACGUAAAUCAAAUCAUAAAAUGUUUAAUUACUUAAAAUGUAAUGAGUUAAACAAUGAUACAAGUUCAUCAAACAAUAUGACUGACAACCGAACUACUGACUCUGAAAGUGAGAAUGACCAACACAUUGGUUUUGGAUGUACAUUUAAAAGAGAAAAUGUACCAGCAUCCAAUUAUGGAGAGUUAAAAAAUUCUGACGAUAAGAGCAAUUUUGCUUUUGAUAAUCCUUGUUUGAGAUUAAAUAGUCCUACAGAAACUGUUUGUAAUGUCAAUGACUCUUCUGCAAAGUCUACAAAGAAGAGGAAGAAGGUUGAUGAUUCACAUAUCACUGAAAUAGAUAAACAUAAUUCCAGAAAAAAAUUGAAAACUGAAAUUAUUGAUGGUGAUUGCAAGAGCGGUUUUGUUAAUCCAGCUCUUAAUCUAGACACGAAUUUUGAGGAGAAUUGUAAUGGCAAAGAAUUUGAAGUAAUCAGAACACAAUCUGGCCUUGAAAAUUGUGGCUUAGAUCUUACGGAUGAAAAAAACGAUCAGAAACGCGUAACGUUUAACGAUCAUGUCAUGUUGUACGAGUAUAAUAUAAAUUCCAGUAAGAAAAAAAAAGGAGAGACCACAUUGGAUAAAUUUGAAGUUGAAAAUAAGAAGAAGAAUAAGAAAAAACGGAAAUGUGAGAGCACUACAACUCCUGCGACGAAUGGAUUUGUUAAUGAAGCGUUAGAUGUACAAAUAUUAUAUGAAGAAAUUAAUGAUAACGAAUUGAAUGAACAUAGAAAUAAAAAAAUUAAGAAAAGGAAAAUAUGUAAAACGUCCAAUCUAGAAACGAUACAAGAAUCACCAGAAAAGGAAAUAACUGAGAUUGAUAUAGAAUUGGUAGAUACUUUGGAUACUGGUAUUGUUGAAACUGGAGAAACUAAUACUGUGGACCAAAAAUCGAAGAAGAAAAAGAAGAAGAAAGAUAAAGAAGGAAAAAGGACCAAAGUUGAUGACACUGCAGUAUUCUAUGUCUCGAGCGAAGAAUCGGAUAUUGUUACUGAAGUGAUAAUUAAUAAAAAUAAAAAGUUGAAAAAAGUUAAAGAAGAUAAAGAAGAAGAAACAAUUUCUAAGAAAUGCAAAAAGGAGAAGAAAGAUAAAGAAAAUUACAAGAGUGAAAAACAUGCUAUUCAAAGUGAAAUAAACAAUGAUCAACAGGAUAUCAGGACUUUAGAUACGUUAGAUAAGAUCGAGCCAGUUACUUCAACCAAAGAAGAGGAAGAAAACGACUUGGAAAAAACUAAACAAAAGAAGAAAAAAAGGAAAAGCAUCAACAAAGAGGAUUGUUUGAAUGAAAUUAAUGCAAUUGAAACAUUGUCAAUUUCUUCAAUCAAAGAAGAAGAAAAAGAAGUAAAAAUUAAACAGAAAAAGAAAAAAAGAAAAAGCAUCAACAAAGAAGAUUGUCCGAAUGAGAUUAAUGUACCUAAUGUAGAAAAGGAAAUCUGUGAUAAGGAAAACAGUGACAAAGAGCAAGAUUUGAAUAUCAAAAAGUUAGCAAAAAAAGAUAAAAAAAGUAAGAAAUCGAAAGAUAAAAAGAUAUCUGACAUAGAAGAUUCUUCUAAUCCUAACAAGGAAGUUGUAGAUAUAAAUGUUAUACAGCAGGACGAAAUAGAAAAUGUAGAGUGUACUGAUAAUACACCCUCAAAAAAAGGACAAGUAAGCGAGGCUGUUGACAAUAUAAAUAAUAGUCCAUGGAAUGUAACAGCAAGGAUGUCUAAGAGAAUGCUAGUAACACUUUUCCAUAACAAGGCAAUAUCAGAAUUUCCAGGUUCUAAUAUUCAUAAUAUAAAGGGAUAUGGCGCAGACGACUAUGAACUAUAAUAUAUAGAUUAAUAUACUCUAUAAUAUGUAAUAGUAGUAACAAGGAAUUUUUUAUGGUAAAUAGCCUGUUGAUUGAUAAAAAUUUGUAUUUAAGCUUUUUUGUAUGGAAUAACUCAAUGGAAUAACUCAAUGAAGAAACACUCUGUAUGGCAAAAUGAAAAUAGUAGUUCUUGCUUUGAGCGUAUAUAUGCAUCCAUAGUACGAAAUGAACUUGAUAUGAGUGCAUAUAUGCCAGUAUUCAAAGGAUUAAUGAUAUUUGUAAUGUACGUACAUUAUUAAGUAAAUUAUGUAAUAUAUUAGAAAUUUUUUUGAAAAGUAUUUAAUAUAAUUAAUUUUAUGUUAUAGAUGAAAUAAGUUUUACUUAUAAUAACUCAUGUAUUUGAUUGAUAGUAAUGAUUGAUAAAAUUUUUAAACAAAAAUUCUUAUUGAAAUAACAA